CGGACUCGCUGAUUUCAUUGUCUGAGGCGGCAGUGGAGACCCAGGAAAAAUCUCGCUGAAUCUGCCUGCCCCAGCAGUGGUCUGCUCUGGGUUGCUCUGACCCCCUCGGUGACUGCACCACGCCCGAGAUGAAUCUACGUUCUGUAUUUACUGUAGAACAACAAAGGAUUUUGCAGCGUUAUUAUGAAAAUGGAAUGACAAAUCAAAGUAAAAAUUGCUUUCAGCUCAUAUUACAGUGUGCACAGGAAACUAAGCUGGACUUCAGUGUAGUCAGGACGUGGGUUGGCAAUAAAAGAAGAAAAAUGAGUAGUAAGAACUCUGAAUCAGGAAUAGCAACAACAGGAACUGUUUCAGGUACCUCUUUGGCAGCUCCAGACAUUACAGUCAGAAAUGUGGUUAAUAUUGCUCGACCUUCAAGCCAACAGUCUUCUUGGACAUCUACCAACAAUGAUGUCAUCGUAACUGGCAUAUACAGUUCAACUAGUUCAUCAAGUAAGCAAGGGGCCACCAAACACACAAGCACACAAAUUACAGAAGCACAUAAAAUCCCUAUUCAGAAAACAACCAGUAAAAAUGAUACUGAGUUUCAGUUGCACAUUCCUGUUCAAAGACAAGUAGCACAUUGCAAAAAUGCCUCCCUGCUCCUGGGUGAAAAAACUAUUAUUUUGUCCAGACAAACAAGUGUGCUAAAUUCUGGAAAUUCAGUAUUCAGUCACACGAAGAAAAACUAUGGAAGCUCUUCAGUGCAAGCUUCUGAAAUGACAGUACCUCAUACAUCAUCUGUGUGCCACCGACCUUGCAAAAUUGAACCAGUUGGGAUUCAAAGGUCAUAUAAGCAUGAACACACAGGCCCAGCAUCACAUAACUUAUGUGGGCAAAAGGCAACUAUUAGAGACCCUUUCUGUAGAACACAAAACUUGGAAAUCCGUGAAGUGUUUUCAUUGGCAGUUAGCGAUUACCCCCAGAGAAUUCUGGGAGGUAGUAUUCCACAGAAGCCUAACUCAACAGAAGGGACUUGUUUGUCCAUUGCGAUGGAGACUGGAGAUGCUGAAUAUGAAUAUGCCAGGGAAGAAGAGUUAGCAUUGAUGGGAGCACAGAUACCAAGCUACUCAAGAUUUUAUGAAAGUGAUAGUUCCCUUCGAGCUGAGAACCAAAGUACAACCUUGCUCGGACCAGGAAGAAAUGUGCCAAAUUCACAUAUGGUGAACAUUAGAGAUUUGUCAGAUAACGUACUGUAUCAAAACAGAGACUAUCAUGUGACACCACGGACCUCAUUACACACAGCAUCUAGUACAAUGUACAGUAAUACAAAUCCAUCACGGAGUAAUUUUUCUUCACAUUUCGCAUCAUCAAACCAACUGAGAUUAUCACAAAGCCAAAACAAUUACCAGAUUUCAGGAAACCUUACUGUGCCUUGGAUUACAGGGUGUUCUAGAAAAAGAGCACUACAGGAUCGCACUCAGUUCAGUGACCGAGACUUGGCCACCCUGAAGAAGUAUUGGGACAAUGGCAUGACAAGCCUGGGCUCUGUUUGUAGAGAGAAAAUUGAAGCCGUUGCAACUGAAUUAAAUGUUGACUGUGAAAUAGUUCGGACUUGGAUUGGGAAUCGAAGAAGGAAAUAUCGUUUAAUGGGGAUUGAAGUUCCACCUCCAAGAGGAGGCCCUGCUGAUUUCUCUGUGCAGCCUGAGUUGGGUUCUUUGUCUUCACUCACACCAGGAGAGGAAGCUGGGACCGAAGUAGGAGAGGAUAAUGACAAAAAUGAUGAAGUAUCCAUCUGUUUGUCUGAAGGAAGCUCUCCAGAAGAGCCCAAUGAAGUUGUUUCAAAUGAGGCAAGGGCUCAUAAGGAGGAGGACCACCAUGCAGUAUCUGCAGAUAAUGUGAAAAUAGAAAUUAUUGAUGAUGAAGAAAGUGACAUGAUAAGUAAUUCCGAAGUAGAGCAAGUGAAUUCUCUCUUGGAUUAUAAGAAUGAAGAAGUUAGAUUCAUUGAAAAUGAGCUAGAGAUUCAAAAGCAAAAAUACUUUAAACUUCAGACUUUUGUUAGAAGCUUGAUACUAGCUAUGAAAGCUGAUGAUAAGGAACAACAGAAGGCACUGCUGUCAGAUUUACCUCCUGAAUUAGAAGAGAUGGAGUUCAAUCAUGCCUCGCUGGAGCCUGAUGAUACCUCAUUCAGUGUGUCUUCUUUAUCAGAGAAAAAUGCCUCAGACAGUUUGUGAUUUAAGAGUGGGAGGAAUAAAUAUGAUACAGCCUUAUGGCUGCAUAACA